CAUAAAUGCGCCGCCAAGCGCUAGUCGCCGUCAGUUUUCCAAGUGUUGGCAUCAUGGUGUGGAAUCGGCUGCGCUUCCCCAACAUGGCCGUCACGUACGUGGCCAAGACCCCCAAGACCCGUCUGCGAGACAAUGAACACAUCUUCCGUGUGGAAACCAACUACACCAAGCACGACAUCAAGGAAUACUUGCAAAAGGUGUACAAGCUGCCCGUGGUCAAGGUCGCGACGAUGAACUACGAAGGCAAGUUCAAGCGCGCGAUGCAAGGACGAUUUGUGUACAAGGAGAAGGACUGGAAGAAGGCGAUCGUCACGUUGGACACUGCAGUCCCGAAGUCGGCGUAAGAAACUGCACUCGGCCUUGUAAUGAAGCAUUUUUGUAUGAUACAGCAGCCCCUGCAAUGAGUUUGGUCGUUAUCAC